GGCCGGGCGGCGAGGCGGGGGGCGGCCUGCGCGGGCACCUCGGGGACCCGAGCGCGACCAAGAGCCGCCGCGCCCGUCCUCGCGCCGCCGCGCUGUGGCCUCCGCGGAGCUGCGGCUGCUCUCGGCGGAGGGAGCCAGGCCCCGCGGCCCCAGGCGCUCGGUCGGCGGCCCCCGGGGCGGGGCCCGGAGCCUCCGCGGCCACGGCGUGCAGCCCUCCUUAUAGCCUGGAAAAAAUGACAGAUCUCGUCGCCGUUUGGGAUGUUGCUUUAAGUGACGGAGUUCAUAAGAUCGAAUUUGAACACGGGACCACGUCAGGCAAACGAGUGGUAUAUGUAGAUGGGAAGGAAGAGAUAAGAAAAGAAUGGAUGUUCAAAUUAGUGGGCAAAGAAACCUUCUGCGUUGGAGCAGCGAAGACAAAAGCAACCAUAAAUAUAGAUGCCGUCAGUGGCUUUGCUUAUGAAUAUACUCUGGAAAUUAAUGGGAAAAGUCUCAAGAAGUAUAUGGAGAACAGAUCAAAAACCACCAACACUUGGGUGUUACAUGUGGACGGGGAGGACUUUAGAGUCGUCUUGGAAAAAGACACUAUGGAUGUAUGGUGCAACGGUAAAAAAAUGGAGACAGCAGGUGAGUUCGUAGAUGACGGGACCGAAACGCACUUCGGUCUGGGGAAGCACGCCUGUUACAUAAAGGCCGUGAGCAGCGGGAAGCGGAAGGAAGGCAUUGUUCACACGCUCAUCGUGGAUAACAGAGAAAUCCCAGAGGCUUCUGGGUGACUUCAUGUUCAUGAAUGUUAAUCUUGAGAAGUAAAGAUCAGGACUUUUAAAUUACUGUGGUAAUUAAAUAUGUUCAGUAUGUACUUCUCAGUACAUUUAGUCUGCCAUGUCCUUAGUUUUUAGUUACUUGAAUCUGUAAUGUUCCAAGGGUCAGAAAAAACCAAAAGAAUUAUGUACAAUCAUAAAAAUUCCAAUUUACUUUGUAAAUAAUGUAAAAUGUUUUAAAGCCAAAUGGAAAAUAAGAUAUGGACCAAAAUCACUAAUGUUUUACAAGGGGAACUUUUACUAUAAUAAAUACUAUGAAACAAAGUUG